AGAGGUAUGUAGUCGCCCCGGAGUCUCAAAAAUGCAAAUGGAGCGGGGGCGGGAUUGUGCCAGGGGGCGUCGGCUGUCAUCGCUCGGAGCUUUUUCUAAGUGGGCGCCCGGACGGAGGAGCCGACUGACAACGCAGCCACUCGGUGCGUUCUUCUCUGCGGGUCGGCAGUAUCUGCGCCGCUUGCUUGCGGGUCAUCUUCUGCGUUCCGCAAGUUACUUGCUUCGCGGCUCUGUUUCACGGCGGUUGCGCAGCUUGCGCGGACUUCGUGGAAGGAGCGGGCCGGUCUCGGGCGCAACAGUGUCCGCAAGCAGCUGCACUAGUGCCGCGAGCGCGCUAAAGGUCGCAAAAGCUGCCAGCGAUGCGCGCCGCGCCCACUGCUUGGGAUCCAGUUGCGUGGGGCCCCCGCUUUGUUUGGGCGUGGUGGGGCCUUGCCGUUUCUUUGUGCCCAACUGCGGCGGGCCGCGUUAG